GUUGAUGUUGUGUGACCUUUCACCCUUAAAUCCCCAAUUGUUUUCUUUUUUCUCUCAGGUAACCAGGCGGAAGUUGAUGUUGUUUAAAAGGGAGGCGGUAAAUGUGUAUUGUGGAGCGGGUAGAAAACGGUUAAUUAUGUGUUUGUUAACUGAAUUACCGAGGUAGUGGAACAGGCAGCCUGGUUCAGAGGGGCGUGACAGAAAAGAGAAGCUGGUAGUGAAGCGUAAAUUGGACAGUAUUUAAAAAAAAAAAAAUCACCGUGGAAGGAAAAUGGGAUCCAAAUCAGAUCAGUUGCUGAUUGUUGUCUCCAUUCUAGAAGGCCGGCGCUUCCCCAGACGCCCUCGACACCUACUUGUGGUGGAAACCAAGUUUGAUGGAGAACAGUUAGCAACAGACCCCGUAGACCACAAGGACCAACCACAGUUCUCUACAGAGCUGGCCUGGGAGCUGGACCGGAAGGCCCUCCAUCAGCACAGAUUACAGAGGACACCCAUUAAGCUACAGUGUUUUGCAGUAGAUGUGUUAUCAUCUGCAAAGGAAUCGGUGGGCUAUAUUAUUCUUGACCUAAGACCUGUUCAAGAAAAGAAACAGACUCCUAAAUGGUAUCCGUUGUUAAGCAGCAAGUACACGAAAGUGAAGCCUGAGAUUCUGAUUGGUAUGGCACUUGAAAGUGAUGCCAAACCUUUAACUGAUGGAUUUAAAGCUAAAGAAGCACCACCGAGGGAAGUUACUCCUGCGUUCUCUAAUCUGGAUCCUAAAAACAUUACUGCAGUCCUGAAUGAAGAGGAAGGAUAUCAUCAAAUUGGACCACCGGAAUACUGCAAUGAGCUUUUUGUCUUGUCUGUUACAGUAGCUUUUGCAAGUCAGUUGGAGCAGUUGAUUCCUUGUACAAUGAAGCUUCCAGAGGAAAGGCCAGAGUUUUUCUUCUACUAUACAUUACUGGGAAAUGAUGUGACCAAUGAGCCUUUCACUGACCUGAUCAACCCCAACUUUGAACCAGAAAGAGCAUCUGUGAAAAUCCGCAGUAGUAUUGACGUCCUCCGAGUGUUCCUCGCUGCACAGCCAAACUUACAAAUACACCUUUGCUGUGGAGACCAAUCCCUUGGCAGUACAGAUAUUUCAAUAGCAGGUCUGUUGAAGAAAUCCAGCGUUGAUAUUGAAAAGCAGCCUGUUGCAGUAGAAGGGGCUUUCACCCUGAUACCACCAAACAGAGCUAAACAAAAGCUGCCAUCUGUUCCUCUUGAGCUGCAGCCAACUGUCGGGGUGUCGGUGACAUUAAGGAAAGAGGGAGUUAAUUCACAGCCUUCCAGCCCUGACAAAGGCCAAGCUGUAGCUCAGACGCCUGUGAAGAAGAGAGUUGUGUCUCCUACUUUCCCCAAGUCCCCAGCUCCAGUUCAGAGAGCCAGUACGGCCCCCUCUCCCAACAGCCCCUCCCCUGAGAGCCCCCCAUCCCCUCUCAACAAUGACCCAGCGACUGAGAGUGAAGUGGAUAGCCUGCAGGAGGACCACAGGCAGGCCAGGCAGUUCCCACAUGAGUCUAAUGGGAAGGCUAGUGAACCACCUGAAGAACCGCCUGUAUCAAAAUCACAAAGCAGAGCAAAGUCCCCUCUGCUUUCACAGCCUUCUAUUCAGCGACCCUCCAUUGCUACCGAGCCAAGGCACCAGUCUGAAGCGGUCUCAAGUGCCUCAAUUUCUACCUCUGCACCAAAGAUUGCUAUCCCAGCGUCGGCACACCAUUUCUGUUUUGCACUGGAUUUAAGAAGCAUUAAAGACAUGGAUGUAGGCUUUCCUGUAAAUUGCAUGCUAAGGUAUUCAUACCCAUUCUUCGGCAGUGCAGCACCCAUCAUGACCAACCCUCCUGUGGAAAUUCGAAAGAAUAUGGAAGUUUUCCUGCCUCAGUCAUACUGCGCAUUUGAUUUUGCUGCCGUGCCUCAUCAGCUACAGGACACUUUCUUUAGGUUACCUCUGUUAGUGGAGGUAUGGCACAGAGAUAAAACAGCCAAAGACAUUCUCUUGGGAGUAGCGAGACUGCAGCUGUCAAACGUCCUGACGUCUGAGAAAACAAGGUUUUUAGGCCAUUCAGGCGAGCAGUGCUGGAGGCAGACCUACAGUGAGAGAGUCACAGUUACAGCAGCCAAAGGACCAAGUAACAAAGUCUUUGAGCUGUGCUAUUUCAUGACCCUGGAGAACUUUGGUCUGGUGAAAACCCAGGAGAUCUUCAUAUCUGACUCUUCUCAGAGUGCCAGUGCUGGGCACCCAAAACCAGUGCCACAAUCUCAGCCACCCCAGGACCAUGUACCACAACAGGAGCCUGAGCCAAGGGAGACCCUGGAGUAUAAGGCAGCCCUGGAGCUGGAAAUGUGGAAGGAAAUGCAAGAAGACUUGUUUGAGAACCAGUUAAAACAGAAGGAACUCGCACACAUGCAAGCCCUGGCAGAGGAGUGGAAGAAAAGGGAUAAGGAAAGGGAAGCUCUUGUGAAGAAAAAAGUAUCUGAGUAUUCUAUACUGGAGGAGCAGCUUCAAAAAACCCUGGCAGAUCUCGAAAAGAGAGAAAAGCAACUGGCCUUUUCUGAGAUGGAACUACAGAGACUGAGAAAGGAGAUGCAGGCUGACCAUGAGCGUAGCCUGCGAGAGCUGCAGGACAACAGCCGCCGUGUCCGAGAAGACUGUGUCCACCAAGUGGAGCUUGAGAGGUUAAAGGUCAAACAGCUGGAAGAGGACAGGCAUCGCCUACAACAGCAGCUUCAAGAUGCAGAACACAAGUACAGGCUGUUGGAGAAGGACUUCCUUCAGUUCAGGGACCAGCAGAGCACCAAACCAGAAAUCCGACUUCAAUCUGAAAUUAAUCUGCUCAAUCUGGAAAAAGUGGAACUGGAAAGAAAGUUGGAAUCUUCAACAAAGUCUAAGCUACAUUAUAAGCAACAGUGGGGACGAGCUUUGAAGGAACUUGCAAGACUAAAACAGAGAGAGCAGGAAAAUGCCAUGGCUCGUCUGAAGAAGCAGCAGCAGGAGCUUGAGCACAUGAGACUUCGGUACCUGGCAGCUGAGGAGAAGGAUGUUGUUAAAACAGAGAGGCAGGAACUGGAGGAGAUCAGAAAUGAACUGAACAGGUUAAAGCAGCAGGAAGACAAAAAACAGUCACGGGACGAGAGAGAUACUGCAACAGGGAGAACAGAUGGACACCACAUCCAGCUUCUGAACGAAAGCCUGGAUGACUAUCUAAGCAGGCUAAUAGAGGAAAGGGACACACUUCUAAGGACAGGGGUGUAUACUCACGAAGACCGUAUUAUCAGUGAGCUGGAUAAGCAAAUACGAGAAGCUAUUGCAAACCGAAGCAGCAAAUAAAUAAACUAAAUGCUGUUUGAAUCUCUGUAAUCAUCCUGCAGCAGGAAAUAUAUGUAUUAUACAUUGUAAAUACAUGAGGGCCAAUAGUCUCCCACCCUAACAAUUGUGUAUAUUUAAAUAGUGUACAUUUUUACUACAUUUAAUAAUGUUAUUUUUAAUUCUGAAAGUAUUUUCAAAAAGCAUUUAUAUUUUAGAAAAUGGAAAAAAAUGUAUAUUUUAAAAUACUCCACAAAUUGAAUUGGCAGACUGCAAAGUAUUACAAUGGAAAUUGUGUUGUCUUUUAAAAAUAAACCCUGUAACAGUUGCUUGUUUGUAGACCUGUGACUUUGUCAUUUUUCAAUACACUAUAUACUGUGUGUACAAAAGUGGCUUUUUUUUUUUUUAACAGGAAUUCCAGGUGGUGAUUUAGUGUCUUUAUUCUGUUUGUGAACAGAAGGGGGGGCCCUAAUGUAAAAAAUAAAAAAGGCUUUUACAGAAUAACAUACUUUUCUGGAUUAAUGUAUUUAUGUGUUGUGCUGUAUAGUAUUCUGAAACUGUAUUAAAUAAGAUUUGAGUGUCUGUUGUUUUAAGUCUGUAUUUUGUAAAUGUACCUGUUUAGGACUGUUAGGUGCUUUAAGUAACAACAUAUUUGACAGUGUAGAAAAACAGGUGCCCUUACACAGUGUAUUUAAUUGUUUUUUUCUAGUUGGACUAAUAAACAUUUAUAUUAAUCAAGCACUAAAGGUA